AUGGGUAACCGAAUAGUCACUAAAUUUGGCAAGUCUAAAUCGCUGACUGAUGAAGAAAUCGUUGAAAUACAAAAGAUUUCGAGACUUAGUGCAGAUGAAAUCAGAGAAGAACACAAAGGAUUUAUGAAAUUACAACCAACAGGUAAAAUGACGAAGAGACAAUUCAUCAAUAUGUAUAAUUUGCUUGAUUUCGAUUGCGAUAUGACUGAUAAAGUGGCUUGCAAUAAAGCAUUCGCUACAUUUGAUAAAAAUAAAAAUGGAACAAUUGAAUUCGAUGAAUUUCUUUUUGCAAUGCACUUCUUACGAACGAAUACCAUCGAAUCAAACGUUGAUAUUCUUUUUCGAGGAUUUGAUAUUUCUGGCGAUGGAUAUUUAGAUCAUGAUGAAGUAACUGGAAUCUUCGAUGGUGCCAUAGCCUUGAAUCUUGUACAAGAUGCUGAUCCAGAUUAUGCAAGAAAAACUGCCUCCGAAAUAUAUUCGUCUAUUCAAUAUAAAAUAUCUGUUCAACAACGUAAACAAGAAUCAAAUUUAUUUCAAGAACAAUCAGAACAUCAUGCAGAUAAUUUACAAAAAGAAACAAUACUUGUUACAUAUCCAAAUGAUAUAUCAAAUUUAUUAAUGUUAGAAUAUCAAUCAAAAAUUUCUUGCACAAAUUCAUGUAAAAAAAUUAACUACGGUUCGAACGAAAAAAAUAUAUAA